AUGGCUCACACUCAGCCGUCGCCUACUGGGGGCGUAGCUCCUCACCAUGGCCAUCUUGCAGCCCACCCGCAAGUCAAUGGACAUAUGCCGCUGCAGUCUCAAGUCCAGAAGGGUCCUCCUCUGACUACUGCCCAGAAGAUCGCAGCGCUUAAUGAACAGGUCUGGCUUCAAAUUGGUAGUCUUACUGAAUUGAUGGGCGAUCUUGAUGGUGCCAUGAACGCUUAUGAGCAAGCGCUUCGCCACAACCAAUGGUCAAUCCCUGCUAUGAACGCCAUAUCGUGCAUCCUCCGGACCAAGGAACAAUUUCCGAAGGCGAUCGAGUACCUUCAAAACAUCCUCAAAUUAGACCCGACGAGUGGAGAAACCUGGGGUAGUUUAGGUCAUUGCCAUCUAAUGAUGGAUAAUCUGCAAGAAGCUUAUACUUCUUACCAGCAGGCGUUAUAUCAUCUGCGUGACCCCAAGGAACCCAAACUCUGGUACGGAAUUGGUAUUUUAUAUGAUCGCUAUGGCUCUCUUGACCAUGCCGAGGAGGCUUUUUCUCAAGUCAUGCGGAUGGCUCCCGACUUUGAGAAGGCCAAUGAAAUCUACUUCAGGCUCGGCAUCAUAUACAAACAACAACAAAAGUUCAACCAGAGCUUAGAGUGCUUCAAAUACAUUGUCAGCGACCCCCCUCGUCCUCUUACAGAGGAAGAUAUCUGGUUCCAGAUUGGCCACGUCCAUGAGCAACAGAAGGACUUUGAGUCCGCUCAGGCGGCCUAUAGGAGGGUCCUAGACCGUGAUCCUAACCAUGCAAAAGUACUUCAACAACUCGGUUGGCUCUACCAUCAGCAAAGCAACAGCUAUGCUAGUCAAGAAAAGGCCAUUGAAUACCUUGAAAAAUCUGUUAGCGCAGACAACAGCGACGCACAAAGCUGGUACCUUCUUGGUCGUUGCUACAUGUCGCAAGCCAAGUAUCCCAAGGCGUACGAAGCAUAUCAACAGGCUGUCUACCGUGAUGGACGCAAUCCGACUUUCUGGUGUUCUAUUGGUGUUUUGUACUAUCAGAUCAACCAGUAUCGCGAUGCAUUGGACGCUUACUCUCGUGCAAUCCGCCUGAAUCCUUACAUUUCGGAGGUGUGGUACGAUCUGGGAACACUGUAUGAGUCCUGCAACAACCAGAUUGCGGAUGCUCUUGACGCUUAUGGUCGCGCCGCCGAUCUUGAUCCUACGAAUGUUCACAUCAAGGCUCGUUUGCAACUGCUGCAAAGCCAGCUCUCAGGCUCCAACCAGAACAGCGCUCCUGCGCCCGCUCCUCAACCUCAGGACGUUCAUCCACAGGCUUACCAGGCUCCUGGUGUGGGCGCUCCUCCAGCUCCACAGUGGGGAGCGCCAGCUCCAACUGGAGGCCCGCCUCCCCAGCCUCCCGCUCCUCCAAGGCAGAUCGCCGACUGGAAUCGCGGCAUCAACGAAGUGCAAUCUCAGAAUCAGGCGCAGCCCCAGCCAGCCAACGGUUUCGAUCACCGCGACCAAGUUCGGGGACCAGUUGCUCUUCAGCAACCAAGCCCACGACAAGAGCCGGGUAGGGCAUUCCCUGAUGGUGUGCGUGCUCCAGCAGCUCGUUCUCCAAAGACCACAGUUGCGGGCCCUGGUGCAUUUGCACCUGCACACGCAUUGCCCCAACUGCCCAACCCACCACCGCCGCCACAUGAUCGAGCUCCCGCCGGUAACACUCCUUUCGGCUCCGCUACUCGCGGACCCUUGCCACCCGCUCCUGCUUCUGCUGCACCCCCCACAGGACCAACUGGGCCUAACGGUGCCCCUGCUUCUGCUGGACCUCUGCCACCAUACCCUCGCCCAUUCACCCCGCCGACAGAGAUCCGGCCCAUUCGCGAGGAGAGACCAUCAUCACCCGGUUCUACCUACCCUCAUCAGCAGUAUCAUCAUGGCCCGAGCGUGCCAAUUCAGGGGGCUAGCAGCACUGGUAUCGCAGGUGGUGCCCCUGCUCCAGCUUCUGCGAUCACUGCUGCCGAAGCCGCUGCACGAGAACGUGAAGAUCGCCCAACCUCGGCAAUGAAGCGGGGUCGGGAAUGGGAAGGGGAGUCGGGCCCUUCAAAGAAGGUUGCCAAUGAGGAAACCCGUGUCCGCUUGGAUGAUCAGGUCGCUCGCCGCGUGACCCCUCCGAACCGCAUGCCGUCGCCUGGCGAGAUGCAGCGUCGUGGUUCCUCGGAGGCGCGACGCGAGGACCAGCGCCGCGUGAACGAGAGCUACCACCCAUCAGAGGCUGCUCACCAUCCUCCAACCCUCCCAUCCAUUCAGCACAUGCCUCAACACGCGACCGGUUCAAGCCUCCCUCCCAUGAACGAGGGCCCUGCUCCGGCUUCCAACGGGCCUCAGGCAGGUGCUCCAUCAGCCCAGGUGCAGGUGAAGGAAGAACCGGCUCGCAGUGAGCAAGUUCCAGCCCACGAGCCUGCUGCGCGUAAGAUGGACGUCGAUGAGAACUACGAUGAUGAUGGAGAUGACGAGAAGAGAACCAGCACUGCCGCUAAGGGCAGUCCUGCUGCCGGCAGCAGCAGCAGCAACGGGGUGCUGAGCAGUGGCGCCCAGACUUCCCAGUCGAAACAGGAGUCUGCAGCCUAA